AUGUCCGGGACAGAAGAUCAUGAAAGGUGCACACAUACUCCCGAUGCAAGUGGCACUGAAAGCGACCGAGGAUCUGCCUCGACUACCAAGAAGGAAGCGGAAUCUCCAGAAGGAGUACCUCAUCCUUUAAACGAUCGUGAAGAUGAUCGCACGCAUGAAAAAGCCAAAGUGCUGAGUGCGCCGCGUCAUAUUUAUUUUCAAUCAGACAAAGCAUCGGCUCGAGAGGUCCCACGCAAUGCACCUCUGGAGGAUCCACGUGCCGAGCUGGAAAGAGCAUACCGUGUGGCCAUGCCGCAUCCUCCGUCCAUGCCAUACGCCCAUGACUCUUCAGACCUGGCAGUGGCUCAGACUCCAGAGCAAGGACUUGGACUUGGAGGAGGAGAAGAGACCAGUGGAUAUAGAAGGUCUGAGGAAUCAUCCCCCAGCCCGGAAUCUUCUGAAAGGAAGACAUCGGAAUCCUCCACACUGCAGUAUUUAAGAUGGCGGUUUCAUUCGGCUGCUCAGUCAGCCACACAAAAGCUAAGAGGGAAAGUUGCUUCGCUUGAUGGGCUGAUGGGCCGACCAACCAGUAAUGGUGACGAUCUACAAUCUGGCGCUUAUGGUGACAACUUGGAGCCCGCAAGGCAGCCGCCAGUCUCCGACACAGAUACUAAACGAAACAAGCGUGAUAUGGAGAAACAAGAGGGCCAGCCCGAAAGCAGCUCUGAGGCGCAUCGAAUGGUGCGCGAUUUGACGCACAGGCAAUCUGGGAAGCGCCGAAAAAUUCGAGCUCGUCCAUACCCCCAGUCUGGAAUGGGUCCAGUGGUCGGAGGAGACCAGUCAUCAGUGCAACCAAGUACGCAAUAUCGCUCCGCCGGGGAAGAGAUUCUCUCUCAAUUGAGGAUGCUAAAUCGAGAGAAUCAGCAGGAUGGUGGAGCUAAGCCAUCUCAGGCUCCGAUUCAGCCCACGCCGGCCGGAUCGUUCACUCGAUCCAGUUCCGAGCCGGCACCUCUCGCACCAGGCAAAAGAAAUAAGCAAGAGAAAUGGUACAAACGCCCUCCGAACACAUCCACUUCAACUCUCGUCGGUGUCUCCAACGGCCCCGGCGGUACAAAUACCUUAGUUCCAAGCGAAGCCCUCUCAGCCGCGGCGCAACGCCGUGGGCAGCAGGCGGAAAGAAGGAUUAACCGGGACGAGGAGAUUAGGGUUACUGUUCAAAUCGCCGAAAUUAUAUGUCGUCAGCAAUUCAUUAUUCAACUUUGUCGAGCAUUGAUGUUAUUUGGAGCGCCCACGCAUCGUCUGGAAGAGUACAUGCAGAUGACGGCAAAAGUACUUGAUGUCGAGAGUCAAUUUCUGUAUCUUCCCGGAUGCAUGAUCAUGUCUUUUGACGAUCCUACGACAAGAAGCACGGAGGUGAAGCUCGUUCGAGUCGGCCAAGGCAUCGAUCUAGCCAAAUUGUCGGAUACACAUCUGAUCUACAAAAAUGUGAUUCACGAUGUGAUUGGAGUCGAAACUGCCGUGCGAGAGCUUGAUGAUGUGAUGAGGAAGAGCCCUCGGUAUCCUAAAUGGAUUGUCGUGGUGGUCUAUGGGCUAGCCACCGCCACUUUUGGACCAUUUGCAUUUCACGCCCGUCCGAUCGACAUGCCUAUUAUUUUCAUCAACGGCCUGCUGGUGGGCUUGAUGCAACAUUUGGCAGCGCCUCGGUCAGUCCUAUAUUCCAACGUUUUUGAGGUCACAUCCGCUGUUGUAACAUCUUUCUUGGCGCGAGCGUUUGGUAGUAUUCCUUGGAGGAUUGUUGACGGAAAGCGGCAGUACAUCUUCUGUUUUUCGGCGAUUGCACAAUCUUCGAUCGCCUUGAUCCUUCCGGGGUUUUUGGUCUUGUGCAGCAGCCUCGAACUCCAAUCCCACCAAAUUAUUGCCGGGUCCAUUCGAAUGGUUUAUGCGAUUAUCUUCUCCCUCUUUCUGGGCUAUGGUAUCACGGUGGGCACCACGCUCUACGGACUCAUGGACAAUGGCGCCGUGUCUGAUAUUAACUGUCCACCGGCGGGGGCUUUCGAGAAUCCGUACAUCCAACGCUUCCCUUUUGUGGCGCUCGUGACCGUGUGGCUCCUGAUUAUCAACCAGGGGAAAUGGAAACAGCUCCCGCCCAUGAUUUUCAUCGCAUUGACCGGGUAUGUCAGCAAUUACUUCAGCACGAAGAAGCUCGGCAAGAAUUCGCAGGUUGCAAACAGUGUGGGCGCAUUUGCCGUGGGUAUUCUAGGGAAUUUGUACAGCCGGGUCUGGCAUGGUCACGCUGCCACCGCGAUUCUUCCUGCGAUUUUCAUCCUUGUGCCUUCCGGGCUCGCAGCAACUGGGUCUUUGAUCUCGGGCGUUCAAUCUGCCGAUCAGAUCAAACAGAACAUUACUUCACACGGCUCGUCUGAUCCAGCUCCGGGUGCUGGGCUGGCUGCCGGUAGUUCGGUGUUUAGCCUGGGCCUGGGUAUGAUUCAGGUGGCAAUUGGCAUCACCAUCGGGCUGUUCAUUGCGGCACUGGUUGUAUACCCUUUCGGGAAGCGACGAAGUGGUUUAUUCAGUUUCUAG